AUGAUGGCUCCCAUGCGCUUGGCUGGGACCCUGAUCAUCCUAGCCAUGACUUUCCUUUCUUGCCUGAGACCCGAGAGCUGGGACCCUUGUGUGCAGGUGGUUCCUAAUGUUACUUACCAAUGCAUGGACUUGAAUCUCCACAAAGUCCCUGACAACAUUCCCAUAUCAACCAAAGAACUGGACCUGAGCUUUAACCCCCUGAAGCAUUUAGGAGGACGUAGCUUCUCCAACUACUCAGAACUACAGGUGCUGGAUUUAUCCAGGUGUGAAAUUCAAAUGAUUGAAGAUGAUGCAUUUCAUGGCCUAAACCAACUCUCUACCUUGCUAUUGACGGGAAACCCUAUCCAAAGAUUAGGCAUGAGAGCCUUUUCUGGACUAUUAAAUUUACAGAAGCUGGUAGCGGUGGAGAUCACUUUGGCAUCUCUAGAGGACUUUCCCAUUGGACAUGUCAAAACCUUGAAAGAGCUUAAUGUGGCUCACAAUUUCAUUCACUCCUUCAAGUUACCUGACUAUUUUUCUAACCUACACAACCUGGAAUACUUGGACCUUUCCAAUAAUAAGAUACAAAAUAUUUAUCAGAGAGACUUGCAGGUUCUGUACCAAAGGCCCCUAACCGGACUUUCCUUAGAUUUAUCCAUGAACCCUUUAGACUUUAUCCAACCAGGAGCCUUUAAGGAAAUUAAGCUUCAUCAACUGACCUUGAGAAGCAAUUUUAAUAGUACAGAUAUAAUGAAAACUUGCAUUCAAGGUCUGGCAGGUUUAAAAAUUGAUCGGUUGGUUUUGGGAGAAUUUAAAAAUGAAAGGGAAUUAGAAAGUUUCAACACAUCUGCACUAGAUGGGCUAUGUGAUGUGACCAUUGGGGAAUUUCAGAUCACACUUUUCCACAAGUUCUCAGAGGAAACUACUGACUUUUUAAAUUGUUUGGCAAAUAUUUCUGGGAUUUCUCUGGUAAGUCUAAAUUUAAGUAAGUUAUCAGAACUUACUGGUUACUUAAGAUGGCAAUACUUAGAAUUGGUUAAAUGUAGAUUUGAGAAAUUUCCUAUAUUGAUGCUCAAGUCUCUCAGAAAAUUGGUUUUCACUGACAACAAAGGUGUGAACAUUCUUCCUGAACUUGAGCUACCAAACCUGGAAUUCUUAGAUCUCAGUAAUAAUGAACUGACUUUUAAUCACUGCUGUUCUCAGACUUAUUUAGGGACAAGCAGACUAAAGUAUUUAAAUCUGAGCUUCAAUGCUGUGAUUACUAUGACCUCAAACUUCUUGGGCUUAGAGCAACUAGAACAUCUUGAUUUCCACGGUUCCACCUUGAAACAAGUCAAUGAUUUUUCAGUAUUCUUGUCACUCAAAAAUCUUAUUUACCUUGACAUAUCCUAUACUAAUACUCAAAUUACUUUCGAUGGCAUCUUUGCUGGCCUCGACAAACUCCAAGUCUUAAAAAUGGCCGGCAAUACUUUUCAAGGUGACAUGCUUCGAAACAUAUUUACAGGGCUGGUGAACUUGACCUCCUUGGACCUCUCUCACUGUAAACUGAAACAGGUGUCCCGGAAAGCAUUUGACCCCAUCUCCAGACUUCAGGUGCUUAAUAUGAGUCACAACAAUCUCUUGUUUUUGGAUGUACUUCUUUAUGAACCUCUUCUCAACCUCCAGGUUCUGGAUUACAGUUUUAAUGGCAUGAUGGCCCCUCAGGAAGAACUACACCAUCUUCCAAGGAGUUUAGUUUCUUUAAAUCUUACUAACAAUUCCUUUGCUUGUGUUUGUGAAUACCAGAGUUUCCUGCAGUGGGCCAAGGACCAUAAACAGCUCUUGGUGGCAGCUGAACAAAUGGUGUGUGGCACCCCUGACAACAUGAAGUAUGUGCCUGUACUGAGUUUCAGGAAUGCCACCUGUCAGAUGAACAGGAUUGUCAUCACUGUGUCGGUGCUUGCUGUGCUCAUGGUGUCUACGGUGGUAAUUCUGUACUAUAAGUUCUAUUUUCAUCUGAUGCUCCUUGUGGGUUGCAAAAAGUAUGGCAGAGGCGAAAGCACCUAUGAUGCCUUUGUUAUCUACUCCAGCCAGGAUGAGGACUGGGUGAGGAAUGAGUUGGUGAAAAAUCUGGAGGAGGGGGUGCCUCCCUUUCGGCUGUGCCUUCACUACAGAGACUUUAUUCCUGGUGUGGCCAUUGCCGCCAACAUCAUCCAGGAAGGUUUCCACAGAAGCCGCAAGGUUAUUGUGGUCGUGUCCCAGCACUUCAUCCAGAGCCGAUGGUGCAUCUUUGAGUAUGAAAUUGCCCAGACCUGGCAGUUUCUGAGCAGCCAUGCGGGCAUCAUCUUCAUCGUCCUGCAGAAGUUGGAGAAAUCUCUGCUGCGGCAGCAGGUCGAGCUGUAUCGCCUUCUAAGCAGGAACACCUACCUCGAGUGGGAGGACAGUGUUCUGGGCCGGCACAUCUUCUGGAGACGCCUCAGAAAAUCCCUGCUGGAUGGUAAGCCCUGGAGUCCAGAAGGAGAGGAAGAUGAAGAAAGCAGCCAGCAUGAAGCCACAACCACCACCUGAGGAGGACAAUCUCCGGAGGUGUUUCUCGCCCACAGGGGCCUUUGCUUGUUCAGUUCACAAUAGUAAAUGCUGCAAGGUCUGAGCCUGCUGAGGGGGCAGGUGAUUCCACAGUGUUCUCAUUGAGCUCAUCAGAGAGAGAGAAUAAAGACUGCUAGAACAGAGACCCUCUGGGUGGAUGUUUGAGCCAACUCAGUCAAAUGGCUAUGACAGGGAAAGUCCACUCAACGCUUACCCCAUCGAACUGUAUUAGAACAAAAAGACACCUUCACUCCCAGUCCCAGGAGACUAGGAAAGGACAUCACUACCUUAAGUAUUUUGAGGAAUAAGUAUAUCAUACCUUAUGUUUUUAGCUAUCUUCAAACAAAGCAGUUUUAGAAGUUUCAACUGAACGAGGUGCUUAGUAACUUUUACCUUUCUGUUAAGUACACUUUAUAGUCUAUCUGAUGAUCUGGAAGACUCCUGAUACUUGUCCCCCUCUACUUUAAUUUCUUCUAAUCAAUUUCCUUAUAAAGGUCAAAAAUU